UGGUUGCUGAGGGUUAAGCGAAACAACAUCUUUACCCACAAGCCUUUGCUCUAUUCAGUCAAGCUACUGUGCACCGGGAAAUUCAGCAGUGAAGGCAUGGCAAAUGUAUUCUCCAUUCUACUCAUCCACUCCUAUGAUAAGGCCUAUGAAAACCACUGACGUUGGAAAGAGGGACUGCCUCAAGGUUUUUGCAUACUGAAGCAUGGACUUGCACUCUUGCUUUUCAUUUAGCCGGUGGGAGGUGGGGUAAAGAGGUUAGUGCAUAAAUCAAUUAAGUUUUGUUCAUUUUAUAGCUUGAUUUCUAUUCUUUAAGAGACCACUUAUUCAGGAGCUGUGUUAAAAGCCUCAUCAGUGCAUGGGUCCCUCAUCACUGGAAGCCAUGGAGGACCUAAACUCUGUGACUGUGAGCCCACUAAAGCGCAGAGUACGACAGAGGAGAAGGAUUCAUGAGAUUAUCAAGACCAAGUUGCAGCGAAACCUCUCCUGCUCAGGACCUAAAGUGAAGAGGACUCUAACAGGCUUCUUCCCCGUAGUUAAAUGGCUUCCAAAGUACAAGGUAAAGGAAUAUAUAUGGGGAGAUCUGAUGUCAGGGCUCAUAAUUGGCAUAAUACUGAUCCCUCAAGCCAUUGCGUACUGCCUGUUGGCCGGCUUGGAUCCUAUAUAUGGCUUGUACACAUCGUUUUUUGCAAACAUCAUAUACUUUUUCAUGGGGACGUCAAGACAUGUUUCUGUGGGCAUCUUCAGCCUCAUGAGUCUGAUGGUUGGACAAGUUGUGGACCGAGAGGUCUACCUUGCAGGCUUUGAUUUGAAUGAAGACAGUACGAAAAACGCAUUUGGGUUAAAUGGCACUGAGGAAAUCAACACCACUGUCGCCAACUUGAAGAUCAUGGCACUGAAUAUGGAAUGUGGAAAAGAAUGCUACGCCAUUAGCAUUGCCACAGCUUUAACGUUUCUCGCUGGAGUCUACCAGGUGAUCAUGGCUGUUCUCAGGCUAGGGUUUGUCUCCAUUUAUCUCUCUGCUCCUAUGCUCGAUGGUUUUGCCACUGGGGCAUCUUGCACUAUCCUCACCGUCCAGGCAAAGUACCUCCUUGGUCUUAAGAUCCCUCGACACCAAGGCUACGGCACAGUGGUGGUCACUUGGAUCAACAUCUUCAAGAACAUCCACAAAACCAACUUCUGUGACUUAAUAACAAGUGCCAUUUGCAUCAUAGUGCUGGUUGCAGGAAAAGAGAUCCAGGAUCGCUACAAAGACCGGUUAAAGAUACCACUGCCCACAGAGCUGGUGGUAGUGGCAGUUGCUACGAUAGUUUCCCAUUUUGCUGAUCUAAACGGACAGUUUAGCUCCAGUAUCUCAGGUGCCAUUCCAACUGGUUUCAUUCCCCCAAAGGUACCCAGCGUUGAACUGAUGCCCCGGGUAGCAUAUGAUGCCAUUCCAUUAGCUGUCAUCAGUUUUGCAUUUACCGUUUCUCUAUCUGAGAUGUUUGCUAAAAAGAACGGCUACACGGUUAGGCCCAACCAAGAAAUGAUAGCAAUUGGGUUCUGCAAUAUAAUUCCUUCAUUUUUCCAUUCUUUCACUACAAGUGCUGCCCUUGCGAAAACUAUGGUGAAGGACUCAACAGGUUGCCAGACUCAGGUCUCCAGCGUAGUGAGUGCCUUAGUGGUUCUUCUAGUCCUCCUUUUCUUUGCACCAUUUUUCUAUGCCCUGCAGAAAUGUGUCCUUGCCUGCAUUAUCAUCAUCAGUCUGCGGGGCGCCCUGCGCAAAUUUCGAGAUGUCCCUAAGCAAUGGCGUGAGAGUAAGAUUGAGGCAAUUGUCUGGUUGGUGACCAUGAGCUCAACUGCUUUAAUUAGCGUGGAGCUUGGAUUGCUAAUCGGGGUGAUCUUCUCUAUGAUCUGUGUGGUGGUCCAGACUCAGAAUCCUAAGGCUUCAUUGCUGGGACAAAUUGAACAAACCACUGACUAUGAGGACAUGGAAGAAUAUGAUAAUCUUUCACCUGUUCCAAAAGUGAAGAUCUUUCGUUUUCAGGCACCUCUUUUCUACGCCAACAAAGACUUCUUUUUAAAAUCUUUAUAUAAAGCAACUGAUCUUGAGCCAUUCCUUGAAAUUACCCGCAGACGAAAAUUGGAGAAAAAAACAGCGAAGAAGACUGAUAGCGUAGAUCAAACAAAUGGAGAUGUAAGUGUAAGCUUGAUUUCAAAAGACUUUGAUUUUCAUACUAUCAUCUUGGAUUGCUCCUGCAUCUCCAUAAUAGACACAACUGGAGUGAGUACCUUCAAAAUGGUUUUAAAAGACUAUAAAGAAGUCGGCAUCAAUGUGAUUCUAGCUUGCUGCAACACAACAGUAAUAGAUUCUUUAAGGAGAGGCUCUUUCUUUGGGGCUGGUGACAAAGACAUGCAAAUACUGUCGUUUCAUACCAUCCAUAGUGCUGUUCGUUUUGCUACUGGUACGACACAACCGGUUAAUGACUCGUCUGUGUAAUUUGUCCACAAAUGGGCCUCAAGAGCUGAAAAACAUGUUUCUAUUAAAACACAAGAAACAUGACAUUUAACUCCUGGAAAAUUCUCUCAUGUUGAACAUGUUUAUGAAAUCAUCAUUUGAUGGCACAAAAAUUCCACUGAAUAUGAAUAUUCUGAAUACUUUGGUACUGUACAAACUCAGGGGUUAUGAUUAUACAUACUGUAAGACAAAAUUGCAAAUGUCUCAUAUUAAUUUACCAGAAAUUACAAGAAAAUCAAACAAUUAGCAAAGUAACUGUUUUUGUGACAUAUUUCUAAAGACAAACUAAUCCCUCAGAAAUGAAUGUAAUAUUUAAUGCCAUUUUUAAUUUUAAAUAUGUAAUAUUCUGUGUGAUUGGUGCAAAACUUGCCAUUAACUGCCAGAAAAAAAGAAAAAAAAAAGAGGACCAUGAGAAGGCAAUACAGAUUUGUAAGUGGCCUGUUAUAGGCCUACUACUGUCUUUUAAAUGUGAACAUGUUUUUAUGGUGUUCUUGGGAAAUAAAUGUGAAUGACGAAUUUCA